GUUGGCGGCCUGAGUGGUUUUAAAGUCAAAGUUGGACUCUCAACGGUUUUAAAAUUAAAACCUUUCUUUGUUUCUGAAAUGCAGAAUAAAGAAAAUUAUGAGCCGAAGGGUCUUCAAAGACAGUUUACACCCGUAAGUGUGACUGGACCACAACGUGUUCUUGUGAAGCCAAAAGCUGAUGCAGAGAAAAGUUAUGUUGCAGGUCCUGGGAGAGAAUGUGUUAGCUCAUCUUCAAAUUCACCACCAAAGAAAUUUACAAUUGACGACUUCGACAUUGGUCGACCUCUUGGAAAGGGCAAGUUUGGCAAUGUCUACCUCGCAAAGGAGAAGAAGCACCAAUUUAUUGUGGCGCUGAAGGUGUUGUUUAAGUCCCAGAUGGAGAAGGAAGGUGUGGAGCAUCAACUGAGGAGAGAAAUUGAAAUUCAAUCACAUCUGAAACAUCCUAACAUCCUGCGUUUCUACAAUUAUUUCCAUGAUCGCAAGAGGGUUUUCUUGAUACUGGAGUACGCUCCACGUGGAGAAAUGUACAAAGAGCUCCAGAAGUAUGGACGGUUUGAUGAUCAGCGCACUGCAACGUACAUGGAGGAGAUAUCUGACGCGCUGAUGUACUGCCAUGAGAAAAAAGUGAUCCACCGCGACAUCAAGCCAGAGAAUCUACUUCUUGGUUUUCGCGGAGAACUGAAAAUAGCUGACUUUGGUUGGUCUGUCCAUGCACCUUCUCUAAGACGUCGCACCAUGUGCGGGACAUUGGAUUAUCUUCCUCCUGAGAUGAUUGAGGGACACACUCACAGCGAGAAAGUGGACUUAUGGUGCAUCGGAGUCCUAUGCUACGAAUGCUUAGUUGGCAACCCGCCCUUUGAAACAGCGAGUCAUUCAGAAACAUACAAGAGGAUUACGAAGGUGGAUCUGAACUUCCCCAAAGUCAUCUCUGAUGGUGCACGGGACCUGAUCUCAAAGCUGCUCCGCCACAACCCCAUAGACCGUCUGCCUCUUCAGAAUGUUAUUGACCACCCAUGGGUGAAGGCUAACUCACGCAGACUCCUUCCUCCCACCUGCCCUACCAAGAAGCCCUGAACCCACCAGCCUGCGGCCUGUUUUCUGAACGUUUUCAACUGUCAUUCAAAAAAAAGGACAGUUGAAAAUUGCAUUUUGUAACUCGGGAUACAUCAUACCGAUAAACGGCGGAUAUCUGCCUCAUUUAGCUGAAACCUUUCAAUAGGAGGUCUUUUUAAUUAAGGUUCACUUCUUUUGCUUCCAAGUGAAAAAGCAUUGUUAUCAAAAUAGAUUGAUUCUUGUUUGCAAUUAACUUUUAUAAUACAGUGUUUCUUGUAUUUCUAUUAGUAGUUCAGUGUGUUGCUUUUAAGAUGUUGUAUACUGCCUUUAAAUAAAAACUGCUGCUAAUAUUA